CAUUUUCAAAAAAAGUGUACCCCCGGAUUUUGCCUUGUCCCUCGACUUUGUUGAUUUAUUUUUUUGAGAUGAAUAACUUUUAGCAGAAUAUAUUAAUUUAAGUGACAAGAAAAUAUAUUUAAAUAGAUAUAGAAAUUGUCGCUAUGUUGUUACUUUGCUAAAUAUAAAACUUACGAAGAUUUUAAAAUAUUGAAGACCAUCAAAUAUACCUGUCCCCUUACCAACUAAGAUAAGAUAUGAUUGAUUUAAAAAAAAAUCCAGUCUAAUUUAGUGAUUUCUAUAUAUAAUUUAAAUUCUUAAAAGUCGAAUUUAUCAGUUAAAGGUAUCAAUGAUAUAUUUUUUUACAUAUUUUCUUUUCAAAAUAAAUAUGAAUUUAAAACGAAAAUUUUAGCUUUCCGGAAGAUUCCGUCUUGUGACCGCUCGUUUGUGCAAAAAUUCUUCUAAUAGCGAAAAGUAUUGCCACAAAAUGGCAACACAAAAUAUCAUCCUUCAUCGACAGAGGCCAUUUUGUUUUCACUAGCAAAAUAACUUGUGAUAAGUGCGGACGUAUUUUUUAAGUGCAGGUGUGUUGAUUUCUUUUCUCAGGUAUGUGACCAAGUUUUACUGUUAUAAUCACUUUUCUUUGAUUAUUGUUAUUGUGUACACAUUCAAAACUUUGUAUAGUAUUUGAUACCAAGAAUUUAUUUGUGCUAAGUAAGAUGGCUAAUUUUUAAACAAUUUAAAACUACAAGAAGGUAGCAUUAUGUGACCUCCGUUGUGUGACUUUUUCUACGGUCACAUUUAACGGAACGAUAAGUCACUAUAGGUCGGAAUGCAUAAAGCUUAGUUCAUAAUGUAAAUGUUUACUCUCCGAAUUAACACAUAAGUACUAAAGUUAUAAAUUAUGUAGCUUUUUUCUUAUUUACUUUCAGUUUCAAAUUACACAUUUCAAAAAAACUUCAAUCUGUAAAAUUGAAGUUUACUGACGACUUUCAAACGUUAGAUAAGUUUUGUGAAUUUAAAAUAACUAUUGUUUUCCAUGUACCUGGGUAGUGUUUUUAAUACUUACCCAUGAGAUCCGCGUAGAACUAAGUAGGUAGAUAUUCAUACGAGUAGGUACCUACUAGACAACUAUUUUAUUUUUACACUUGCUCAUAAAAUGAACUUAUUUAAUCUUUAAUCAAGUUUUACUUAAAAAAACAAAUGUUGUAAGCUAUUGCUAUUAUACUGUAUUUAAUGAGCUUUUGUUUAUUUAAACAUCGCUCUCUGGUGUCAGAAACUUCUUUGAUAAAAUGUUUACUAUUCAAAUUAUUAUCAUUAAAUGAACGUCUUAUUUCAUGUCAUUGUAGGCAUAAAGGGGUAUUCUUCAUUCGGUGCCGAAACAGGAAUAGCUUGGUGCCGAAAAUCUUUGGUGCCGAAUAAGGAAUACCCCGGUAUAAAAGUCGUAACAAUUCCUUACUUCCAAGCAAAAAAGAGUUUUUGUACUUUAAUGGUUUAAAGCUAUCAGAUGCAUUUCGACAUUAAUCAGCCUACAACAAUAAUUUUGAAGCAAAUCUUAAUGCCUAGGUAAAGAUGCGAAACGAAAAUGACUGACAGAACCUGUAGUAUUAUUUAACACUUUUAGGUAUUACAAUGCCGCUUACUGGCGCGGAGAAAACGAGGAGAUACAGGGAAAAAUUAAAAAAUGAACGCCCGGAUGAAUAUGCCGCCCAAUGUAAAAAAACUUAGAUCGACUAAAGUCGAAAAAAAAGAAAAUCACGGAUAUGACACCAGAAGAAGCCGCAGAACAGAGAAAAAAAUGGCGGGAAGAAAAAAGGAAAAGUAGUGCUAAAAAAAAACAAAGGAAAAAUAUUACAGAAGUUACAAGAGAGCCAGAAAAUCCCAUUUCAAGAUCAGAUUUGAGCAUUUUAAACGGCUUCCGGCGAAAAUGUCGAUUUUUAGUAAAAAAGUGUCGAUACCUCCAACAAAAUGCAGAUAAACUUAAAACUGAAAAAGAAAAAUACAAGAAACGUCUACAUCGACUUAAAAUUAAAAACACAAAGGAAGUUAAUAGUUUGAAUCUGAUUAUUAGUAAAAUGCGUGCUAGGGAAGAAGUGUUAGAAUCUACUUUGAAAAAAACAUAUCAAAGUACUAAAUCUCACAAUGAUAAAAAAAUAUUUAAAAAAAUAGUGAACAAUUCUACUAACAAAACGUUGGUAACUAAAAUUCUGGGAUUAAUUGGCAAAACAAGAGGGAAAAAAAAGAAAAUAAGACUGAUAAAUAUCGAUGAAAUAACCAAAUUCUAUCUACGAGAUGAUGUUAGUCGAAUCACAUCGGGACGAAAGGAAACAAGAACACAGCAUAAAAAGAAAAAGCAGAUUAGGUAUCUGAUGGAUACGCUGGUCGAAACUUACAAGAAAUAUAAAGAUGGAGGUGGGAGAUAUGGUUUUACAACUUUCUUCAAACACAAACCAUUUUAUGUAUUAUCGCCUCGCCUUAAUGCAAGAGACACUUGUCUUUGCAUUAAACACAGUAAUCUCGAAUUCCAACAUGCUGCCUUAAGACGAUGUGGAGCGCUGAAGAUAGGAAUGAGAGAAGCCUUAAGUAACGUAGCUUGUGACACUAAAAAAUAUACUUGUAUGUAUGGUAAAUGCGAAUUAUGCAAAGAUAAAAAACUGGAUUUCGAGAGCUCUGAAAACAGUAAAACAGACGAUUCCAAUGUAUCCUGGCUUCACUGGGAACGCCAAGAUCACACCUAUUCAAAAAAAGAAGGAACUGAAACCAAAGAAGUUAAAACCAAAAGGACUAAAAAGAUCACUAAAUCAGGGACAUUACAAGAUCUGAAAAAUAUAUUUAAUGAAGAACUGCAUAAUUUCAAAAAACAUCACUAUAAUAUGCAACAACAGCAAAGCCAAUAUCAGAAAGCCAUCUCACAAUUAAAGGACAACGAAGUAGUUUUGGUCUGCGAUUUCUCCGAAAGUUACGAAGCUAAAUUGGCCAGUGAAAUACAAGCGAUGCACUUCGGAGCGUCAAAAAAUCAGAUAACAUUGCAUACUGGCAUGGUAUAUUGGCGUGACAAAUCACAAUCAUUUUGUACAAUUGCUGAAAGUAAUAAUCAUCAACCACCAGCUAUCUGGGCUCAUUUGACUCCAAUUAUCCGACUAAUUCAAGAAGAAACUCCAAAUGUGGAUGUCAUACAUUUUUUUAGUGAUGGUCCGUCUUCCCAAUACAGACAAAAAAAUAACUUUUUCUUGUUUGCCCACUUUGCAAAAGAACUGCAACUCAGUUUUGCUACAUGGUCUUUUUUUGAAUCAGGGCAUGGUAAAAGUGUGGCUGACGGUAUUGGGGGCAGUGUAAAGCGCGUUUUGGACAGAAAAGUUUGCCAUGGAUUUGACAUAACUGAUGCCAAGGAUGCUUAUGAUAUAUUGAAACAAUGCCUAAAGGUCACAAAAGUUUUUCUAGUUCCAGACAGUGCCAUUACCGACAUGACUCAUAUUUUACCCAAAAAUAUACAACCCUUAAAAGGAACCCUGCAGGUACAUCAGAUUAUGACCCAAGAUGAAAAUAUUAUACAAUUCAGAGACGUCAGUUGCUUUUGUGAACCUUUUCGAGGAUGCUGCACCUGCUUUCAGCCGCAAAUUCACUCAGUAGUUUCCACAACUAACAGAGGUGGUGAAAGAAUCCACCGAGAGCAAUCUGUGCCAAAACCACCUAAACCAUUACAACCCGGACGCCCAGUGUUAGUUGAUAUUUCAUUGGAACAGAAUCAGAUUCAAAUUGAACACAAAGAAACCAUAAAAUCAUUAGAAGGCAGCUCGCUGGCCGCUGCUUUGCCAGAAUUAGCAGGGACAUUUGAUAUUUCAGACAUGGAAUAUCUAACAAAUCUUGAUAUAAAUAUUGACAAUUCCGAAGAACCUGUAGAGCUUAUGGAUAUUAACGUAAUACCAAUUAUUAUUGCACCGAAACCCAAAAGCACAGACGGACAAAACCCUGAAAAAGAAAAUAAAAGCACAAAAAGGUGGUCGACUUACAAUUUAUUAUGCCAGAAAUGUAAAACUUCGAUUGUAGGUCGAAAAGCAAAAUGUAUGUCAUGUAAGAGACUGUACUGUGAAGAAUGCACCGAUGGUCCUACAGAAUGGGAUUAUCUUUGUGACACAUGCUUGGAAGGAGAUUAAAAUUCUGAUUUUCCAGGAUAAUUUUCGACAUGGUAAUAUACGCAGACAUAGAUAAGGUGCUGAAUUCCGAUGAUUUUAUGGAUUUCUACAUUUAUGACCUGAAAUGGCCUUGGACUGAGACACAUUUUGUUAUCAAUGAAUAUUGCUAUGGAUGCGGUCAAUACGUAAAUCAAUCUUCAAGAAUUGGACACUUUUCUCUAAUUAUGACUCGUGAAGAUAUAAAAAGUUUAUUAUUAACUUCUUUUUUUUGGUGUCUUUAUUGUAAUUACUCCGUAUAUGAUCAUUUAACUAAUGAUGAGUGUACUUUAUGUUCAAAUUAUUAAGCACGUAUUAAGAAGAAUGUGCAAUGAUUAAAAGUAUUUUUCAAAUAUUUUACCAAAGUCAAAUUCAAAUACCUAAUUAGAGUUUAUGUAGAUUACCACGGAACAGAAAAAACAAGGGGAAGUGCGAUGUAGGUGUGACACGCGUGUCAUAACUAGGUCCCUGGCUACCACUUGCACUUCAGACGUUUUAACGCGAUUGUCAACCUUAUCAGUGACGGAAUAUAAUGUAUAAUUGCUAACACUAAGAACACCGCCAACUAUGACAGGGUAGCGGAAAUUAUUAGUCAAUUGAAUAUACAUACUUUGACAUAAUACGUCUUAAAUAUAUUCUGCACUAUUGCAAAAAAAUUCUACGUAAUUGGUUUAACGUUUAUUUCCGGAUGAUAAGGUAUGCUACUUAAGCUGGUUUUGACUAAAACUUCAACGCCAAUCAAAAUAUUUAUUUCUUUGUAGUGAAUGUAUGAUUAUCGUUUCAUUUGUGUGAUUUUGGCGACAGCGGUUACCGUAGUAAUUGUGUUGGAUGACACUUCCCCUAGUUUUUUCUGUUCCGUGUAGAUUACUGAAAUAUUAUUAUUACCUAGUAUUUAUAUUUUAAGGUCAGGUAGGUACCUUUUUUGAUGAGGCUACUAACUUAAUAUCAUUUCAUUGAAAUAUUCUAAAAGAAUAUGCAUCUCAGAUUCUUAUUGUAAUUUUUUUAGAUUUGUUUAUUUAAUACGACUGAAAAAGUUAGUUACUGUAGUAAAGUUGUUAAGUUUUUUAUAAUUAUUAUUUACAAUAUAAACUCGAACAUAGUUCAAAAGUGUCACUUAAAUUAAGUAUUAUGAAAAACGGUAAGACUGAUUAAAGCUAUUGAUUUGAUAAGGAUUUAUUACUUAAAUAAAAAGAAUAUUUAAAAUAAUUGUUUUAUUUCUUACCUACUAAUGUUCUUAGAUUUUUUCCGUAAGUAAUUAUUAUUUUUUUGAACAUGAAACUAGUUCCAAUUUGAGAAACAGGGCUAAGAAUUUUGAAUUAUUAAUUGAUGUCAUAAUUUGUUGACUUUGUUUCAGUUUAAGACCUACCUACUAUGGCAGGUACUUACUUAUUAUUUAGGCAAUUUAUAAUUCAUUAUGAACCCAGCCUUAUCAUAUUGAAACUUCCAUUUUGUGACUGUCCCUUCUUAUUGAUGGUGUAAAUUCCAUGAAAUCAGAUGAAUUUUUGCCUUUUAAAUCUGUGCAAGGCACAAAUUAUAUUUACAGUGAAUGUAUUUCUUUUCUAAAAAGGUACACAUAUGAAGUAAAAUAUUAUGUUCUUUGAGUAAAAUUUAAAAAUAACCAAGUAAAAAGCGAUAGAGUCACCAAACCGAAUAAAAAAAAGUAUUUUUGUAUUAAUACCAGAAGCUAAGGCUAUUAUAUUAGACUUAUCAAUUGAUGACACGUAAUAUUAAUUGAAAUACGUUUAGAAAGGGCUUAUUAAUUUUAUACUUUUCUUUAAUUUUGCUUUUAAAUGUAGUCACAUAACGGAACUAGUUCCGUCAAAAAGUCCAUUUUGUUUUGAUAUUAUCAGGAAAAUGCCUCGUAUUCCGCGUUCUUUUUUGUUUUCCUGUAUAAUAAACUAUAUUUCCCAUUAUACUGUAGAAAAUUAAAAAGAAAAUAUAACUUAAUAAUUAAAAUCGAAUUUUAAAACAGGGUACACUUUUUUUUGAAAUUGCU